UGUUCUCGUCAGUGGGAGAGAGAGAAGGAACAUUCUAGAGCGCAAAACCCAACAACCGUCUUCAUGGAAAGUUCGCGAUACUCCGCCGCGAAACUAAAAAAGCAAAACGACGCCGUUUGUUCCCAAGUCACGCGCUUCAUUCAAAAAAAGAAAACAUAAUGCAGAGAGAGGUAGAAGAAUCCAGAACCCGUUGUUUGUCUCCCAUUCCCGUUCCUAUAUAAAGCUCCUUCUUUCACAACCUUCACCAACUUCAACUCUCUACAAUUCGCUCUGUGCAGUUUCCUCGCUCUCUUUUCUGCAAUUUUCUUUUUUGUUCGUUCUCUGCGGUUAUCUUUUUGAGCUUCAAUGGCGGACGCUGAAACCUUCGCUUUCCAGGCUGAGAUCAACCAGCUUCUCAGCCUCAUCAUCAACACCUUCUACAGCAACAAGGAGAUUUUCUUGCGUGAACUCAUCAGCAACGCUUCUGAUGCUUUGGAUAAGAUUCGAUUUGAGAGUUUAACCGACAAGAGCAAGCUCGAUGCUCAGCCAGAGCUCUUCAUUCGUCUUGUGCCCGACAAGGCCAACAAGACUCUUUCCAUUAUUGACAGCGGCAUUGGAAUGACCAAAGCAGAUUUGGUGAACAACUUGGGUACCAUUGCGAGGUCCGGGACCAAGGAGUUCAUGGAGGCAUUGCAGGCUGGUGCUGAUGUAAGCAUGAUUGGGCAGUUCGGUGUGGGGUUCUACUCUGCUUACCUCGUUGCAGAGAAGGUCAUUGUUACCACCAAGCACAAUGAUGAUGAACAGUACAUUUGGGAGUCUCAGGCCGGUGGCUCUUUCACUGUUACUAGGGACACCGAUGGCGAGCAACUUGGAAGGGGAACCAAGAUGACCCUCUUCCUCAAGGAAGAUCAGUUGGAGUACUUGGAGGAGAGAAGGAUCAAAGAUCUGGUGAAGAAACACUCUGAAUUCAUUAGCUAUCCUAUUUACCUAUGGACUGAGAAGACCACCGAGAAAGAAAUCAGCGAUGAUGAAGAUGAUGAGCCAAAGAAGGAGGAAGAAGGGGACGUUGAGGAUGUUGACGAAGACAAGGAGAAGGAUUCCAAGAAGAAGAAGAAGAUCAAGGAGGUUUCUCAUGAGUGGCAACUCAUCAACAAGCAGAAACCAAUUUGGCUGCGAAAGCCAGAAGAGAUCACCAAGGAUGAAUACGCUUCUUUCUACAAGAGCCUCACCAAUGACUGGGAAGAACACUUGGCUGUGAAACAUUUCUCUGUUGAGGGCCAGCUUGAGUUCAAGGCCAUUCUCUUUGUGCCAAAGAGGGCACCCUUUGAUUUGUUUGACACCAGGAAGAAGAUGAACAACAUCAAACUUUAUGUCAGGAGGGUGUUCAUCAUGGACAACUGUGAGGAGCUCAUUCCCGAGUACCUCGGAUUUGUGAAGGGUGUUGUCGACUCCGAUGACUUGCCCCUCAACAUUUCUCGUGAGCUGCUGCAGCAGAACAAGAUCCUGAAGGUGAUCAGGAAGAAUCUUGUGAAGAAGUGCAUUGAGAUGUUCAAUGAAAUUGCGGAGAACAAGGAAGACUACAACAAGUUCUAUGAUGCUUUUUCGAAGAAUUUGAAGUUGGGUAUCCACGAGGAUAGCCAGAACAGGUCCAAGUUGGCUGAUUUGCUCAGAUACCACUCAACAAAGAGUGGAGACGAAUUGACAAGCUUGAAGGACUAUGUUACACGAAUGAAGGAGGGCCAGAAGGACAUUUACUACAUUACAGGAGAGAGCAAGAAGGCAGUGGAGAACUCUCCUUUCUUGGAGAGACUCAAGAAGAAGGGCUAUGAAGUUCUCUUCAUGGUGGAUGCAAUUGAUGAGUAUGCAGUUGGGCAACUCAAGGAAUACGAUGGCAAGAAAUUGGUUUCAGCCACAAAGGAAGGGUUGAAGCUGGAUGAUGAGACUGAGGAGGAGAAAAAGAAGAAAGAGGAUAAGAAGAAGUCAUUUGAUGAGCUCUGCAAGGUCAUCAAGGAAAUUCUGGGAGACAAAGUGGAGAAGGUUGUUGUCUCUGACAGAAUUGUUGACUCUCCUUGCUGUUUGGUGACUGGUGAAUACGGAUGGAGUGCAAACAUGGAGAGGAUCAUGAAGGCUCAGGCUCUAAGAGACAGCAGCAUGAGUGGCUACAUGUCUAGCAAGAAGACAAUGGAGAUCAACCCUGACAAUGGUAUCAUGGAGGAGUUGAGGAAGAGGGCUGAAGCUGACAAGAAUGAUAAGUCUGUGAAGGACCUUGUGUUGCUUCUCUUUGAGACUGCCCUUUUGACUUCAGGUUUCAGCCUUGAUGAUCCCAACACAUUUGCUUCCAGGAUUCACAGGAUGUUGAAGUUGGGUCUUAGCAUUGAUGAAGAUGACAAUGGUGGAGACGAUGUUGAUAUGCCCCCAUUGGAAGAGGAUGGUGCUGAGGAGAGCAAGAUGGAGGAAGUGGACUAAAUGCCAAAGGUCGUGUUAAAUGAAUUGUGGUUCGUGUCUGUUAAAUGGUGGUGGAUGCAGAAGUCUUUUAGUUUUAUCUUUCUUUUUGUUUUGUUUUUUGAGAUAUAUAGGGUUUUUACUUUUUUAGCUUUGGUGAUGUGAAAAAUGUGUCUGUCAGUCUGUGUGUUGCAUCUACCUACUGUCAGUAAUUGUUCUGGAUAUACAUCAAUGAAGGAGAACAAGUAUUACUUCCUCUGA